AUGUUGGGCUUCGGUAUUACUAGCUACGUCAUGGCAUUGGCUACUGCUAUAUUGGAAAGAUCGAUCGAGAAGUAUUACUGGGUCGGCGCUGAAUGGAAAAUGAUGGCAAUAAUUUGGCUUUCAGCGAGUCUUCCUGGCGCGGUCUGUUAUGUCUAUCACUGGGUCAAGAACAAGCGUGUGGAAUUCUUCUGGAGUGGUGACAGUGCUGGGCGAGACGAUGGGAUUACGGUGAAGACCAAAGUGCUAUCGCUCUUGGGAGGGAUCUUGUUGGGACUCUCCCUGACCCUGAUGAAAAAAGCAUUUGUUUUCACAAGCCCUGCUGAAAAAGGAUCAGGGAGUAGCGACGAAAUCGUCACAUCUGCUGUUGCGGCUACUGACUACAACCCAUACGAUGCCUUUUCUACGUUCAUCCACAGAGAAAACGCUAUCUUCACGCCACAGUCGUCUGUAGCGGAUACUGACCAUAUACUGGGCUUUGCAUUCGCAGUAUUGGCAAUGUUUUCUAUGUCGGGCACAACGCUUUUGAUACGCUACAGUGCCAUAGGUAAUGUAUCGACCUGGAGUGGCUUUGCUUCGAGACAGUGCGUGUUGUCUGUGAUGGCUCUAGUAGCUGGAUUCGCGUUAGCAAAGAGUGAUGAUAACCAGGAUUUGCCUGCUACAGUCCUACCCAAUGAAGUUAUUGGUUUGGCAGUCAUUGCUGGUCUAUCGCAGGCGCUAGCGAUUUUUGCUCUGAACGCGGCUUUGCUGUAUCCUUCUACGAGUCUUGUCAACAUGGUUUGCUCCCAUGCCUGUCUCAAUUGA